UGUUUAAACACCUGCUGGUAGCAGAAGGUGUAUCAAGUGUUUAGUGUUUGUGGAAAACUGUGAUCCGGAAUAAUUCUCUGUGACUGUGAAGUGCUUAAGAGCAUCAUGUGGUCACCACUGUUCCCUGUCCUCCUCCUUAUACUCGUCCUCUCCGGCUCCGAUGUGGUGGAGGUGGAGGCCGGCGCUCCUCUAAAGGUCUUGGGUCUCUUCCCCCAUCCCGGCGUGAGUCACUUUCACUUCUUCCAUCCCAUCAUGAGGGGUCUGGCAGAGGCGGGUCACGAUGUCAGUGUGGUUUCCCAUUUCCCGGACAAACAUCCGGCCAUCCGGUACAAGGAUUACCCCCUGUCCGGAGUGGAUAAGCUCACGAAUAGCGUGGAUUUAAAGUUCUUUGAAAAGCGUACUUUCUACAGCCACUUUCUGGAGUUCUUCCUGCUGAACGAGUGGGGCAAGCUGGCUUGCAACACUACGCUCCGCUCGGAGGCUCUGCAGCAGAUCCUUAAACGUCGUCCUGGCUACUUUGACGUCAUCAUUAUGGAGCAGUUCAACACGGAUUGCAUGAUGGGCGUGGCCCAUCAACUGCAGGCUCCCAUAAUAGGCCUGAGUAGCUGUGUGAUGAUGCCCUGGCACUACGAAAGGAUGGGUGCUCCUUUGAUACCUUCCCAUGUGCCAGCUCUGUUUAUGGCCCAGUCACAGGACAUGGACUUUGGGGGUCGUUUGGCCAACUGGUUUAGCACCCAUGCCUUGAACUGGAUGUACAAGUUAAUAUCCGUUCCCGCAGCUGAUGCCUUGGUUCAGUACAAAUUCGGCCACGACCUGCCCUCCGUCGGCGAGAUAGCCAAGAACACUUCGGUGUUCUUUGUGAAUCAACACUAUUCCCUGAGUGGACCCAAGGCUAUGCCUCCGAAUGUCAUCGAACUGGGCGGCAUCCACAUCCAGAAAUCAAAGCCAUUGCCUGCCGACCUGCAGCGACUCCUGGACAAUGCCGAGGAGGGUGUGAUCCUCAUCAGUUGGGGCUCCAUGAUCCGGGCCAACUCCCUGUCAGCCUCCAAGCGGGAUGGCAUAGUCCGGGCGGUGGCCCGUCUGAAGCAGCAGGUGAUCUGGAAGUGGGAGAACGAGACGCUGCCCAAUCAGCCACCGAAUAUGCAUAUCAUGAAGUGGCUUCCCCAGCGGGAUAUACUCUGUCAUCCGAAUGUCAAGGUCUUUAUGUCACACGGUGGACUCAUGGGCACCUCGGAGGCGGCCUAUUGUGGCGUUCCUGUGGUGGCCACACCCAUGUAUGGGGAUCAGUUUGUCAACACAGCGGCCUUGGUUCAAAGGGGAAUGGGAACCAUCCUUAACUUUGAGGAUAUUGGCGAGAACACUGUGAUGAGGGCUCUCAAGAAAGCCUUGGACAAGAAAUACUAUGAUGCUGCCAAGGUCGUCUCCCAUUCGUAUAACCAUCGACCGCAGCAGGCCUUGCAAACGGCCUUGUGGUGGGUGGAGCAUGUGGCUCACACUGGAGGAGCACCCCUGCUGAAACCGAGUGCUGUCCACAUGUCCCGAUUUGUGUACUACUCCCUGGAUUGCUAUGCAGUGGUGGCUGUUGUCCUGGGCACCAUCAUUGCCAGUUGGGUGUGGCUCAUCCGGCGAUGCUGUGGCUCCUCGGCCACCGGGAAGACAAAGAGGGAUUAGGGAUCUUGAGAUCUUGAGAUCCUAAUCUCAGUUUGUGCUGUCUGUGGUGUAUGUGAUAUUUUAUACAUGUUGUGUAUGUAAGAGACUUUUAGGUGUAAAAGACCUCCUCCGCCUUCACUCAAGGAUUUGUAGAUUUUAGACCGCAAAAAUUAAAUAUAUUAUGUUUAAUCCCAUACAAUAA